GAGAAAACCAACGACGACACGAUCCAACAAGCCACCACCAUGUUCGACGACUUGCUCAAGCUUAUCAAGAACAGCCCACGGUGGGCCCAGUCGAGCCUCGCACGUCGACUAGGCUUUAGCUUUAGCUAUGGCCACAGCGACGACGACGACGACAACCCAGAGUCAGUGGAAGAAACGGACUGGACAAAGCUCCAAGUGUCUGGCACAAAGCCACCUGUUCGAAGUGGCCAUGCUUCUGUCGUGGUGAACGGAGUCAUGUACGUGUUUGGUGGAUACAACGAAGGCAAUUGCCACUUUGACUUGUACGCGUUCAACCUUGUGCAUCACCACUGGACCAAACUCGACAACCGCGGCGGCAUCGUUCCUGAUGGCAGGGCCUCCCACGCGUGGUGCGGCGCCACGGACGACACGAAACUGUACUUGUUUGGCGGCAGCGGUCCCCACUGGGGCCAAACGAACAUGGGCAAACUGCUGCAGUACUCGCUCCUGUCACAGGAAUGGAGCAUCGUGGCCACCACGGGCACGCAUCCGCCGCCGGGGUACGGUCAGAGCCUCGUGUCCAUCCGCCACAAACUGUAUCUCUUUGGCGGCACCUCUGGCCAUGUGUACGUGAACGACCUGUACGUGUUCGACGAAGUGCAGCUGUCGUGGGCGCUGCUGCCCACCCACGGCGUGAAACCGUCCCCUCGAUACAAGCACCAAGCAGUGGUUGUGGGCACCGACAUGUACAUUGUCGGCGGGGGGCUGUACGACCCGCCCAAGGGGUCGAUUGACAUGCAUAAGUUCGACACAAUCACCUCCACGUGGAGUGCCGUCGUCUGCCGCGGCGAUAUACCAUGCUCACGCAUCGCACACACCGUGUCCGUGUAUCCGUCGGGACCGUGUCCGCAGUUUCAGCUGUUUGGCGGGCGCGAUGAAACCGGCAUGCGAUUGAACGAGCUGAGUUGCUUUGACGUGGCCACGUCGACGUGGUCUCGCCAGAACGACGACAGCAACGCGCCGGACGCAAGGGACUUUCACACGAGCGCGAUCUCGGGCGACUGCAUGUUUGUGUUUGGCGGGUCCAACGGCGAUGAGCGAAACAGCGACGUAUUUCGGUACUCGAUGCGAUAUACCCCAUCGACCCUGGCUCUCUUGGCCAUCCAAACCAUCCAGAAACACGCGCGGUCCAACCGGCGGCUGCAGCGCCAGCUGCGACACGUGUACAUGCCGAUGGAGCUGCAUGCCGCCAUCGACACGCUCAACACGCACGUGAGGGUGUCGACCAACGAAGAGUGGUACCCCCUGCCGUUCGUGACAUCGACGCCCCCGCGAAGCCUGACCUGCCGAAGCAGAAGCUCCAGUGCAUAUUCGAGUACGACGUGCGAAGAGGGCGGGUACUCAGUGUGAACGUACACGCCCCCUAACAACAUGGCCCGAAAGAAAUGCGUGAAUGUGUGGAUGUCGUAAUAGAAAGUGUGUGUGAUCUUGAAAGAGGUAAAGUGGCUAAUCAUAACGGGUGCGGCUUGUGAGGGCAAGACCGACUAGUAAAC